AUGGUUGAGCCUUAUAAAGAUCCAUGGAAAGAAUACAAAUCAGCAUUGGAUUCAUUAAAGAAGAAAUUUCUGAAGAAACCAAAUAAUCACCAAGUUUUGGCGGAGCUUGCAGAUUUAGCACUACGUUUUGAGGAUGAAGAAUGUGAACAGUAUGCUGGUAUGUGUCAUAUACAAAUGGCAAAAAUUAAUGAGAAAAUGGGUGACUGGAGUAUGCAGUAUAGCCAUUACUUAAAAGCCGCCCGGUGCUUCAAAAAUGCAGAAAUGAGGAAUUACGAAAUGAACAUAUUUGCUUACAUGAUUGCAGCUUGUUCUGAUCAUUUGAAUUAUAUGCAAGAUUGUUAUAAUCGCGCAAUUGAGUUAAUUCUCAACCAUCAGGGAUUUUGGCUGGGUGGCUUACACUGCACCGAGCUUGGUUCUGCACUGUGCAGUAUUGAUGAAUAUCAGCUAGCGUUACCGUUUUUGUUACGAGGAGCGGAAUUAUUGAAAGUGGAAUUUCGUAGUCAGUUAGCAGCCUUAGAGAAAUUAGCGGCCUGCCAGGUUGAAUUGGAGAUGUAUGCAGACGCACUUGCAACUGUUGAUGAUCUGUGGGCACUUCAUAUGAAGAAUACAGAUAAUCCAAAAUUUGGUUAUGGUGAAGAACUUUUAAAGGACUGUGAAAUUGCGUCAGUACUUUUGCUGUUACGAAAAAAUGAUGAUAUAUCUGCGCGACAUCGUCUUCUAUUAUCAAUGUAUGAUGAGUCAUCAUUGUUACUUGAUGAGAAAACAAAAAAAGAACGGAAAAUACCAUGGAAAAAACUGCCACCAAAAGAUUCUUCAUUAUCAAAGGAUUUGUAUUUCUAUUUUUACGAGUUUGUAAUGGCGCUUCGGCAUGGUGAUGUUGAAAUGGCUAAGAAAAGUUUCGAUUUUCUCGAGAAACAUUUUAACUUGAUGAACAGUAAGCUAGCUAUGAAGUUGCUGGAUGAUGUUAUGGAUAGAGGUGGAUUGGAUAAAAGAGGUUUUGCUGAUAAAUUUAUUUCUUGUUAG